AUGGAGGGCAAUGUUGUUACGGCUUCGUUAGCUGCCAAGCUGGACGAGAUUAUGUGCGGAAUCUUGUGCGGCGUCUUGGGAAUGUCGGUUAGCCCCGAGUGGCGCUUGAACUACUUCACUCUUCUGUCGUCAGCUUUUCGUAAAAUGGGUUAUGACGCACCAAUUGGAUUGGCGGAUAUAUCCGAUGACCGAGAACCAAGAAAAUGGCUAAGAAUGCUAUCGUACUACAUUGAAUUCAUUAGAACAACUACUAAAAUUGGGGAUAUUGCGUCAAGGGUCAUUGAUGACACAGUACAAUCGGCGGAUGUAGCUCAAGCCUACGCCAACAGAAUUUCGGCUCUGAGAGUUGUGGUUGAGGGCCAACGAACGAAGACAACGGAGUACCGAGAGAAAAUCAAUAUUCUUACUUCCGAGUACUCAAAGGCCUCGGAUAAUCAAAAGCAAGUAGAGUCUCACUUAGCAUCUGUAAAGCUGAAGCUCGAGUCCUUGAAUGCAUCCGCGGCGAAAGAUUCAGAAGACGUACGUUUCUGUCCACUUACUACCCAAGACCCACAAUGUAGAUCAAGACAUUUGUUAACACCGGAAAAACAACUUUUUGUAUCACCCGUUAACUUAUAUCUCUGCGCCCUUUGA